UGUGGACGAAUUGUAAUUAUUAUAGUUUGUACAAAGGAUAAUUUCUGAUGCAGUUGCAUAGUUCUGUGCGAGUGGCCUAUGGAAUUCAUGUUACCGACUAUUGAAAUCCUUAAUUGAUGUCGCAAUUUGAAAUAUGAUGUUUGAAAGUGUCGUGUGUAGUGUGAAGAAAGGGAACUAUUAAAAUUUACCGGGUUUUUGUGCCAACUGUUAAAAUGGAUAAUGGAUUAUCACCUUCGGUAGGCGGAGAUUUGGAUUCUACGAGCUCCGCUGGUACCGUGUCUGAUACAGCAACGAAUCAAGGAAUAUUAUCAUACAAUAGUCAUCCGAUAUUUAUGCAGAAUUCAGGUUAUCGUGGCAAUGUUUCAUGUAAGACGUUAUUCUUCUCGGAGAAGCUACAACAAUUUUCACCUGAAAAAGAGUUCGAAAGAAAAUUUCAUGAAAUUGCCGAGGAUUCCAAUCCAGCGGCGGACAUUAAUCCAAUUCAAUUUCUAGCGAGCAGUACCAAUGACGCUAACCAUAACCACCAUCAUCCGCAUCAUCAGCAGCAGCACAACAAUAAUGAGAUAACAGGCAGCGGGAAAGGACCUUCGUCUAUUUUGGGUGAUGUUGUUGGGCAGCAGAAUCGUAACAAUAGUGAUAGUAAUGCGAAUAAUCUGCAAUUUGGCCUGGGAGAGAGCCAAAUCGGUACUAAUGUUAGUUUAGAUCUUGGCAGGAAAUGUUUCUCAUUUAGUCCUGAUCAGGUGCAGUGUAUGUGCGAAGCACUUCAGCAGAAAGGGGACGUAGAAAAGUUAGCAACAUUUUUAUGGAGUCUUCCUCAUAGUGAACUAUUACGAACAAACGAGAGUGUACUGAGGGCGCGGGCAAUAGUGGCCUACCAUCGAGGACUCUACCAUGAACUAUAUAGUCUCCUUGAAUCGCAUUGUUUCUCACCUAAAUUCCAUACAGAACUGCAGAAUCUAUGGUUCAAAGCUCAUUACAAGGAAGCAGAAAAAGUGCGCGGGCGACCUUUAGGUGCUGUCGAUAAAUACCGACUACGAAAGAAAUAUCCACUUCCAAAGACCAUUUGGGAUGGUGAGGAGACUGUGUACUGCUUCAAAGAGAAAAGUCGGAAUGCACUCAAAGAUUGCUAUAUUAACAAUCGAUACCCAACACCCGACGAGAAAAAAUCCCUCGCCAAGAAGACUGGACUCACGCUAACCCAAGUUUCGAACUGGUUCAAGAACCGUCGACAACGUGAUCGAACGCCACAAUCCAGAACGGAUCUGAUGUCCGUUAUACCAGUCAACCAGAUUGAUCCAGCCAAUUUUCCAAGAAUGUUCAACGCUCCCAGCUAUUAUCCAGAAUCGGUGUUUAAUGGUCAAUAGAUUUUUUUCAAUUCCUCGCAAGAUUACACCAAUAAACUAAUAUGUAAAUAGUUUCGAUUUAAUUGUUUUCUCAUAUAUAUAAUAUUAGACAUUGUUAUUUAAUUGUAGAAAUAUAAUAUAAUAAGUUUAAAAUUGUGCAAUUGUAAAUAGAGUCAAA